AUGUUCAUUUUCUUUUUUUCUUUCAUUCCUUGUUUCUUCUUCUGGUUGUUAUUCUUUGGAAUUUCUUUCACUUCUUUAUCGUUCAAUAUCUGCACUUUCUUUCUUUCUUUCUUUCUUUCUUUCUUUCUUUCUUUCAUUCUUUCCUUUCUUUCUUUCUUUCUUUCUUUAUUUCUUUCAUUCUUUCUUUUCAUUCUUUCUUUCAUUCUUUCAUUCUUUCCUUUCUUUCUUUAUUUCUUUCAUUCUUUCCUUUCUUUCUUUCUUUCUUCCUUCCUUCUCUGUUUUAUUUUCCUUUCUUUAUUUUUUCUUUACUUUUUACUUUCCUCCUUCGUUCUUUCAUUCCUUUUCUUAUUCACUAUUUUUUCUCUUUUAUAUUUUUGUUCCUUUACUUUCCUUCAUCUCUCUCUCCUUUCCUUCCUUCCAAAACACAUUUUCCUUCAUCCCUCCCCUUCUUUUUCUUCCUUCAUCCCACAAAUCUUCCUUCCUUCCUUCCUUCCUUCCUUCCUUUUACUUUUUUCUUCCUUUCUUUCUUCCAUCCUUCAUUCUUUCCUGCCUCCCCUUCUUCUUUCUUUCCUUCAUUCCUUCCUCCCAUCUUUCCUUCCUUCCUUCAUUCUGGUCUUUCUUCCUUUCUUCCUCCCACACUUCCUUUCUUCCUCUCUCCCUUCCUUCCUUUCUUUUUUCCUUCCAUUCUUCCUUCCUUUCUUUCUUUCUUUUCUUUCUUUCUUUCUUUCUUUCUUUCUUAACAUCACCCUUGCGUUCUAUCUUUUUCAAUAUCAACUCUGUCUUCCUUCUUCCUUCCUUCCAUUCUUUCUUUCUUUCUUUCUUACUUUCUUUCUUUCUUUCUUUCUUUCUUUCUUUCUUUCUUUCUUAACAUCACACUUGCGUCCUUUCUUUUUCAAUAUGAACUCUGUCUUCCUUCCUUCCAUUCUUCCUUUCUUUCUUUCUUUCUUUCUUUCAUUCUUUCUUCCUUCCUUUUUUCCUUCCAUUCUUCUUUCUUUCUUUCUUUAA